CGUCUCAGUUUAAGAAAUCAGUCGUGCCGCAAAACAGAAGCUCGUCACAUCCUUAACAAAUCACCAACCACAAUACGUUUUCCUUUUGGCGUAGGCGCUGGAAAAGUGAACGCAAUCAUACGUUUCUAUUCAAUGAAGAUUCAGUGAUGACGAACAUCACCAAAUUAUUAGUGUUCUUGCUGUGGAGGGCUGCCUUAACGAUGGCGAUGCAGGGAUAUCUACUCACUGGACCGAAAAGUCUCCUGUCUAACAGCGUCGAAACAUUUUGUGUCUCUAUUGAAGGCAGCCACACCACAGCUAAUUGCACUCUGGAUCUAAUGGCCAGAGAAGGUGACGAAGUUUACGCUUCACACAAUCAUCGUAUGAAAGGUCCGAAAGAUUGCAUCAAAUUGUCGGUGCCUGUGACUGGCGAAACGAGUGGCCGCUUGCGUUGGCGAAUGCGUUUCGAAAAUUUGCCCGAUUACACAGUGGACAGCAUCAAGGAAGUGGCUAUAAGGCAACUCGAGACCAUCCACUUGAUUCAAACUGAUAAAGCUUGGUACACUCCAGGCCAGCUGGUCCGCUUCAGAAUACUUAGUCUGAAUCACAUCCUGUAUCCUCUACUAGACCUGAUUAAGCGCGUCUGGGUGGAGGAUCCGACUGGGGCGACUAUAGUCCAAUGGACAAAUUUGACCACCGUUCACGGUCUUCAUCAGUUGGAACUCCAACUUUCUGUGGAGCCCGUUCAAGGGGUGUGGAAGAUUCAAAUGGAACGAGAGUCACAUGAAAGAGGCGUACGAUAUUUCGAAGUGCGCGAAUACGUUCUGCCCAAAUUUGAAGUUAACAUCAAUGCUCCACCGUUUAUCUCCUACAACCAGGAUGGGGAUCGAUCUGUUCAGAAAAUUAUCAUCUCCGUCUGUGCAAAAUAUAGUUAUGGCCAACCAGUCAGAGGCAACGUGAAAGCUAACUUUAAAGUUAAAUCAGAUUCUCGGUAUGGUUUCCGCCGGAAUUUCAUGUCAACAGUUCCCGUCGUUGAUUUUGACAGGAGUGGUGUUUUGAAUGGGGACACUGGUUGCUUCAACUUUAAAGUGUCGGGUGAUGAAAUUGGCAUCUCUUCUUACACCGGAUCUAUUCAAAAGACUUUCCAAGUCCUGGCGAUUGUGACUGAACAGGGUACAGGGAUCGAAAUGAACAGCACGUGGAGUACCGAAAUCCAGCGUCAAACAAUGUCGAUUGACAUUGCCACAUGGAGCAGCAGCACUUUUAAAAGCGGUCUACCUUACUACGGGAAAAUCAAAGUGACUACGGCUGAUAAUCAACCGGCAGUCGGCACCUCCGUUGAAAUUUGCGCCAAUCCCACGAUCGCCAACAGUGACGUCAAAGAAGAGAAUAUCCAUCGCAGGCCCAGCGUGAAGCGUCCAAGCGUCAGCAACACGCCAAAGUAUUGCUCUCUUCGUGAGACAGAUGCCAACGGAUUUGUCAGUUUCGAAUUGCUUCCUACUGAGCCGGAAAUAACAGAGUACAAUAUCAAAGCAACGAUACCAAACAGGAGGAAGCGCCGAGCUGUGGGUCCUCAGCUGGAUGUCAUCGCUGAAACUCAGUUCAAUAUCCGCAGUCUCUAUUCACCCAGUAAUAGCUCCAUGGUCUUCGUUCCGCCUCCUAAUUAUCCGAAAGAUGUCCCCUGUCUUUCGGUACUUCCGGUCAAGCUCUACUUCACCGCAGAUAAGGAUAUCAACUUUAACGUUCACUACAUUGUGAUGGCCAGGGGUGACGUCAUGCAAACGGGCGUGAAACAAGUCAAAUUCCGCGAGGAAGACAACAUCGAUUUGAGUUUGGGUGAAACGCUGCUCAACAAGCGAAGUGAUAAUGGUGGGUCAGAAUCCGAGUCUGACGUCGAAUCUUCAUUGAAACCCGUCGGCGACUUGGAAUUUGAAAUCGAAAUCGUUCCCGAAUUGGCCCCUAAAAUGUCCUUGCUGGCCUAUUAUGUCCGGGAUGACAGAGAAGUGGUCACUGCUCACAUCGACAUACCGAUUGAAAACUGCUUCCCAAAUCCAGUGAAAUUUUCUUGGUCGUCCAAGAAAAAGCAACCCGGUCAAAAUGUGACGAUUAAUUUGAAAGCUAGCGCUGGUUCCAUUUGCGGUUAUUCUGUCGUCGAUCGAAGUGUCACUUACGCAAGACCGGAUCUACAGUUAUCCGAAUCAAACAUUUACAGUUGGUUGCCCGGCCUGCACAUUCCUGCUGGGAAUUAUCCCCAGCAAGUCACACCAGACUGGAAAUACUGUGAAAAAAAAAAUGAGCAGUCGGGUCGUACUUUUGAUGAUGAUCUUCGUCGCCGGAAGCGAUCAUUUUUUAUUGGACACUUUACCGCCCAAUUCAAAGACGCCAUGGAAGCUUUUGAUCAUGCUGGAGUGCUGGUUAUGUCUGAUUUAAACAUUGAAACUCGACCGUGCUCAGAGGAGUCGAGGAUUUUCCCAAUGUACCUCAUGCGUCGUGGAGGAUUACUAAAGAAAAUGCAGGCUGAAGUACCUUCCGAGAGAAACAUCCAAGCAAUCUAUGCCGAAUCCAGGACGUUUGUUCAAGCGACCGAAGAUGUUAAUUCAUACGACAACGUGGUCGAUUUGAAAUCAACCGUCAGUGCUCGUUCUUACUUUCCUGAAACCUGGCUCUGGGAUUUGGUUCAUCUCAAUUCUCAAGGAGAAUACGGCAAAGCAGUCACCCUUCCUCAUACGAUUACCACAUGGGUCGGUCGAGCCCUUUGCGUCUCCGAGUCUCAGGGUUUCGGCAUGAGCUCAUCCGCAAACAUCGAAGCCUUCCAGCCUUUCUUCGUCGAACUGCAUUUGCCUUACUCGGUGAAACGAACUGAGAAGCUGCAGCUCAAGAUUUCCGUGUUCAAUUACGCGCCUCAUCCGUUGCCUAUUCGAUUGACGCUGGCCUACUCGGAGCAGUUCGAAUUGAUGAACGUCUCCGACUCUGUGCUGCUCUGCGUCCCGGCCAGAGACAGUGUUGUUCAUCAUUUCCUUAUCCACGCCAUCGAGAUGGGCACGCACAACGUUUCCGCCUUCGCCACCAUUGACGACAACUAUCCAGGAGACUGUGGCCCGGAAAUUCUGCCAAGUGCGAGCGAUAAUGUGAUUAAGGAACUGCUCGUUGUACCAGAAGGUUUCCCCGUUGAACGCGUUCAUUCUCACAUGGCUUGUCCUAAAGAUUUUGACGAAGAUAAAACAAUUGUCUGGGAUUUAGCUUUACCCGAUGAUCUAGUGGAAGGAUCGGCAAGAGCCUGGGUGACUGCCGUUGGUGACCUCAUGGGACCUGCAUUACAGGGUUUGUCGGGUCUCGUUCGUCUUCCGAUGGGUUGUGGCGAGCAAAACAUGAUCCUUUUCACUCCUAAUAUCUACGUCACUAAAUAUUUGGAGGCUACUAAUCAACUGGAACCUUCAUUUAAGACUAAAGCCGUUAACUUCAUGAAAAGCGGGUAUCAACGUGAGCUCACGUACCGGCACGACGACGGUUCCUAUUCGGCGUUCGGUAAAUCGGACGAGAAUGGUUCUCUGUGGCUGACGGCUUUUGUUGUCAAAUCAUUCGCCGCCUCACGCCGUUACAUUCACAUCGACGACAAUGAACUUCAAACGUCCGUCCACUGGCUUCAAUCUAAACAGCUGGAAAAUGGAUGUUUCCCCGUCAUUGGCACUGUACUCCAUCGAGAUUUGAAGGGUGGAUUGGCGGAAAACGAAGAGAAUUUAGCGCCGCUGACAGCGUUCACAUUAAUUUCACUUUUGGAAAUGUACACCGAAGAUUCGGGCAAAAGUGCGGAACGGAAAAAAACGGCGUCACUUGUGAACAAGUUAUUGAAAAAUACGUUACCCUGUCUGGAACCCGACGAGACUGAAAUGGACGAUGUGUACACCAGAGCUUUGACUGCCUACGCUCUAGCAUUGGCCGGCCAGUCUGACGCUUCACGACAGCACAUUGAUUGGCUAAUGGCUCGCGCCCAAAGCAAUCAUUCAUUACUUUGGUGGCAGAAACCCGAAAGUGGACCGGCUCUGAAUGUUGAGAUGACGUCGUACGUGUUAUUAAGCUUGGUCAAACUUGGCAGUAACCAAGAUUUACUGAAGGCCCGUUCCAUUGUUCGCUGGCUCUCCAAGCAGCGCAAUAGCGAAGGAGGAUUUGUUUCGACUCAGGACACUGUCGUCGCCCUUCAGGCUAUUGCAGCAUACGCUUCGCUUAUCGGCACCCAGACAGUCGAUAUGGAAAUACUCGUCACAGCGGGAGAGUUUGAGAAUUAUGCUCGAAUUCGUGAACACGACCGUCUAGUGCAGCGCCGGAUCGAUCUCCCGUCUCCUUUGGCCACCGAGGUCCAUAUUGCCACUGUUGGCGACGGAACUGGCUGUGCUGUCCUCCAGGCUACUCUUCGCUACAACGUCCGCACACCACCUCCAUCAGCCGCAUUUCAUUUAAAUGUCAGUAACGUGCCUGUGCAAAGCGAUGCUGGCCAAAAAAACAAAUGUCAACAGCAGGUAGUGGUUUGCAGCCGAUAUCUCGGAUCCAAACAUGAAGAAUCCAACAUGGCGCUAAUCGAAAUCGGAUUCGUUUCCGGCUUUGAAGUUGACAAGGCAUCACUGAAUAAAAAAACACUUCCUGGAGUGAAACGUCACGAAAUCAAGGGCGACACGGUGGUCCUUUAUUUCGACCAGAUUUCUGCUCAUAGUGAUGUAUGCGUUUCUGUAGUCGCUCAACAUGUAUUUAAGGUGAACGACGCCAAGGACGCCAACGUCAAAAUCUAUGACUAUUAUCAACCUGAGCACAGCAAAACUGUCGCUUAUAAUCUACCCAGCAGCUGUUUUUCGUCCAACGAAAACCCGCAGCAGCCAACUUCAUUGGCGGAUGCUAGUUCCAUGACACUUCUCUCUCCUAUGCUCCAACCAGCCCCGACAUCAUCAGCGUUGUUAUCUGAUGUCGUCAUAGUCGAACCCAUACAAGAAGUUGCCAGUAAGAAAUCACCGGGUUCACCGCAAGAACUUAUUCAAGUAACGCGCUCUGCUCAAACAAACGCAGUGGCGAAUGGCAGAAACCGCACAGUUCGAAGGAAUAACUUUGAGAGUGAUAAUUUUGAUUUAAGCUUUGCUGAUAGAGAGGAAGGCCCUAUUCCAGCCUUCGUGCUCCCGGGUCACAUUCGAGGUUGCCCGCGCUGCGUAACAGAUACACCGAAGGAUCUUAAAAUGUUAUAUUGCCAAUCGAAAUCAGUUUACCUGGCUGAAACUCGGCCAGCGCGCGGUCAUCGACUACGACUAGUAAACAAUGUUUCGUUGCAACACGCUCGAUUUGUUAAAAUGAAUUCAUCGGUCGAUAUGCUUCUCGAGCCCAACUGCCAAUGCAGCUUUUUCCAGCAAGGCACCAGCAAUCGAACUGUAUUGGUCCUUGGUCUCCCCUCGUCAUCGCUUCCUUCUCCUCCUGCUAAAUUGGUUGUUGGACCAGAACUUUUGAUUAUCGACUCGAACCCCAAGCAAAUCAAUAUUAAAUCAAUGCGCAACAAAUGCGACCAAACGUUACCUUGAUAGCUGGACAAAAAGAUUGACUAAUUUCGCACUGAUUUUUAUUUUUUUGCAUUAUAAUACAUUUCGUAACCGUUUUAACUAUUAGUUAGCUUACCUCGUUCACGUCCUUCAAAACUGUUUGUAGUUUUAUUCACCUAUAAUUCAGCCGUUGAUUUUAUGUACUGUAUGUGUAUUCAACUUCUUCGCCCCAGUCCAGCAUACAUGACGGUAAUCCUCCAGCUGUACGAUUGUUGUCUUCAAUAAAUUAGAAGUUUAGAACGUAGAA